GUGCGUACGAACUCGUACAGAGGAGGUACGAAUACGAACGGUAUGUUAUGUUACGCAUCAAUUACUGAAGUAGAAGUACGCAUCAAGCUUCGGGUGUCGGUCGGUGAAAACUGAAUACAACAUUGUUUGCAUCCAUACGGAUACGCAAACGAAGCAGGCACGAACGAACGGAACGGCACGGGCAAUCCACUUUCCAUCGGGCAGGAAGGGCAAGGCCAAAGCAACCACCAUGGCUCGCUCCCGUUCCCGUCGUCCCCGGUGCCUCGUGUUCUACGGCUUUUGCGGUGGUCUGGUCGGAGCGAAAUGGUUCCUGGCAGCAAACGUUGCACCGCCGGAACCGGUCUCUGGUCUUGUGGAUGACACGGGGCUGCUGCACCACCGGACGAGACCGCCGCGAAUGCGAACGCGAACGCGAAUGCCAACACCGGCGUCUCUCGCCCUGUCCGCAGGCCCGAUUCCAUCGGCGACCCCGGGGAUCGACCUGGAAGAACGCCUGGUCCGGGUGCUCGGAGCGGAAGGCGAGAGCGAGGCCGGGAGCGGAAGCGAAAGCUCCCUGCCCGUCUUUGGCGUCCUGGACUCGGUGCGAGAAAGUCUUUCCACCAAACCCAACCUGCUGCUCCAGGCCGCACCGGGAGCCGGAAAGACCACCAUCGUUCCCCUGCGGCUGCUCCUCGAUGCUUUGCGCGGGGGCAGCGAGACCGGAAGCAUCCUGGUGGUCGCCCCCCGCCGCGUGGCCGUCCGAUCGGCCGCGCAGCGCAUGGCGUCCCUCCUGGGGGAGGGCGGCCCGGGGGGGACCGUGGGCUACUCGGUCCGGGACGAUUCGGUCUUCAGCAAGGAGCACACGAGGAUCCGGGUCGUGACGGACGGGGUCCUCCUGAGCAUGCUCCGGAAGGACCCGCUCCUGGAGGGGAUCUCGGUGGUGGUUCUGGACGAGUUCCACGAGCGGGGGGUCGGCUCCGAUACCUGCCUGGCGCUGCUGCGGGAGGUCCAGCAGACCGUCCGGCCCGACGAUCUGGGGAUCGUGGUCAUGUCGGCGACGCUGCUGGGGAACGUGGACGAAGCGGGCGAUGGCGAUUGCAAUGGCGACGGCGACGGCGCAAGGGUUCCGAGCACGGGAUCCAAGCUGGUGGCCACCCUCGGGGGCACUUCCGCGUGCGGGAUCGUGGAGAGCGACGGGCGGCAAUACCCCAUCCGGCUCCUGUGGGCCAACCAGGUGGCAAAGGCCAUGUCGCUCUCGCCCGGCGGUGGAAGGGGCCGUACAAGCAUCCCGCCCCUCGGGGCGCUGCUGAGGGACCGGAAACUCCUGGUCCGGACCGUCUCCGACGUGGUGGAACACGCGGCACUCCAGCAGGCCCCCGGGAGCGGGGACGUCCUGGUGUUCAUGCCGGGGGUGGCCGAGUGCAAGGGGGUCGUCAGGGAGCUUUCCUCGAGGACCUCGUUCGCCGGUUCUUCCGACGUCCUGGCCCUGUACGGCGCCAUGCCCAGGGACGAGCAGGAAAGGGUCCUGUAUCCCCCCGAAAGCAGCGGGGCCGGCAUUCGGCGCCGCCAGCGCGUCAUCGUGUCGACCCCCGUCGCCGAGGCCUCCCUGACGAUACCAGGGGUGACCUGCGUCGUGGAUUCCGGGCUGAGGCGGGAACCCCGCUGCGAUUCCGACACGGGCAUGUCCCGGCUGGUAUCGGCCCUGGUGUCCAGGGCGUCCGCGGUCCAGCGGGCCGGCCGGGCGGGCCGCGUCGGAGAGGGCUGCUGCCUGAGGCUCUACACGGAAAACGACUUUGCCACCCUCUUUGCAGAGCAGUCCCCCCCCGAGAUCUCCAGCACCGACCUGGCACCGAUCCUGCUGCUCCUUUCCGACUGGGGGGCCUCGACGGUGUCGGAGAUACUGGAAGACAUGCCCUUUGUCGAUCCGCCCGACAAGGCCUCCCUGGAGCGGGCCGAGCGAUUCCUGGUGGAGAUCGGGGCCCUCGAGCACAAGGAAGCAACAAGCCGCAAUGGCAAGAACAGCAGCAGCAACAACAGCAGCAGCAGCAAUCGCCGGUUUGUGCUCACGGACCUGGGCCGGACCAUUUCGAAGAUGCCCUGCCAUCCGCGGCUCGCGACCGCCAUUGCCGCAGCGGGGAACACGGGCGAAACGGCCGUUCUGGCCGCUUCGAUCGCCGCGGCCUUUUGCCUGGACGACGAAUCGUCGUCGCCGCCGUCGGCAAGGGACGGCGACGAUCCGAACCUCGCCCACCGCGUUCGGUUCUUGGUCCGAUCGAGGUUCCCGGCCCUAAAGCGGUUUGCCGGGAAGACCUCCGGCCGGAGGGGAGAACAGGCCGUCGAGGCGCUCAGGGAGAACGAGGAUGGUUUCCUGGACGGGGCCGUGUCCUGCCUCGGAAGGGCGCUGCUGCCGGGAUUCGUCGAUCUAGUCGGGGAGCGAAAGGGGGACGCCGCCUACGAAUCCUCCAAUUAUUUGCUCGCGGUGAGUGGAGUGACGUUGCGUUGCGUUGUGUUGUGUUACGUUACGUUGCGUUGCGUUGCGUUCUCGAUUCGGUGGCACUGCGAUGCGAUGGCUUUUUCCUUUUUUCUCUCUCCCUGUGGAUUCGUUCGUUCGUUCGUUCCCGGAGGUUUCCUAACCGUUGGAGUGUUUUUCACGGUUUCGUCCAUUCCAAUCCAUCGACGAUCUCACGCUUUCUGUGUUUCCGACAUCGUUUGUGUAAAACCUCCCUGCCGAAGCUGGGGAAAUCGUGCCGGCUGGGGUUUCGAAAAUCGCCACCGUACGUGCUGGCGGUCGAGACGAAUACGGGUCCGGACGGCAUCUCGCGCAUGCGGUCGUACGUGCCGCUUUCUCGGGACCUGUUGGAAGGCAUUGCCACCGAAGAGGAACUGCUCUAUACGGUUCCGAGCAAGGGGCACCAGGUCCGCGCGAAACUGGUCCGCAGCGUGGGCCGCAUCGAGCUCUCGUCGUCUCCCCUGCCGAGCCCGUCCCCGGACAAGGUGGCUGAGGCCCUGCUGCGGGCCAUGGCCGAACACAGGGGUGGAAUCGCUGGGUCCCUGCUGGUCUUUCUCGCCCCGAAGGAGCAAUCGAUGGUGGAAGAACUCGUCUCGAGAAUCCGUCUGGACAGGGAACUCACGGGGGCCGACGAUUGGCCCCCGUGUUUCGAAGCCCUCGACGGCGCGGGAGGUUCUUCGGGCAACACGGAUGAUUCGGAUGAACUCGAUGGCCACCGGGUGCUGAUGGAUCUCGUGGAGCCGUGGCUGGGAUCCGUCAAGUCGCUGAAAGAAUUGAACACCCUAGACAUCUUGCGCUCGACUCUUUCACCGGAACAACAAAGAUACCUCGACGACUACUAUCCCACGUUUGUAGAUGCACCGGAUGGAUCUAGGGUCCCGGUUCGGUACGUUCGAACCAGCGAUGAGCAACCUGCGAGUGGUAGUGCUAGUGGUGGUGGUGGUGAGGACGGCAACAGCGCUCGAACCACGAAUUGCCGGCCCGUGGCCACCGCAAAACUACAGCAGUUUUUCGGAGCCAGGGACCCCCUAGUGAUCGGCCCCCCGCAGAAGGCAAUGGUGCCCCUGACGCUUUCCCUGGUGUCCCCUGCCGGCAAGCCCCUUGCAGAAACCGGCGAUCUGCCCUUUUUCUGGAGGGAGGUGUAUCCCUCGAUCCGGUCCGAGAUGCGCGGUAAGUACCCAAAGCACCCGUGGCCCGAAAAUCCGCUCGAAGCAGUGGCAACGCGCAAGACCAAGAAGCAGCUCUCCCGGGAGGAGUCGGCAGCGGGGGACGGCAGCGGUACCACCGACCAAAAAGGCGGGAAAAAGAAGCGGAAGCGAAAGAAAAAAUGAAGCAAAGCAUACCGCAGUAGUGUUGGAGAGCAAAUUGAACGGCAGGCAUGCCUAUAUAAUGAAUUAUUAAUUCAAGU